AAUAGGGUGGACCUCAGUCUGGUUGUUGAAGCAUUCGCAAACGGUUUGAUCCAAGCAAUGGCUGACGUGGCAGGAAAAGAGCGCAGGAUCGUUGUGACGGUUGAUGAGAGCGAGGAGAGUAGGCAUGCUUUGUCAUGGUGUCUGGAGAAUGUGAUUUCUUCAAAUUCCAAGGAUACCCUCCUACUCCUCUAUGUCCAGCCCCCAAGGGCUGUUUACACUGCUAUGGAUGGCUCAGGUGGGAGACACAACCCUAGAGGUAUUUUUGUAAUUUUCAACCUCUUAAUUCAUAUUUGGCAGCUGGUAAGUCGUGAGUUUUGGUUUGCUGGGUUUUCAGGGUAUUUGUUUUCAGCUGAUAUAAUGGCCACCAUGGAGAAAUACAGCAAUGAUGUGGCCCAAUCUGUAAUUGAGAAGGCCAAGAGAAUGUGUCAAGACGUUAAGGUGGAGACGAGAGUAGAGCAUGGUGAUGCAAGGGACGUAAUUUGUCAGAUGGUGGAGAAGUUGAAUGCUGACAUGUUGGUGAUGGGGAGCCAUGGCUAUGGUCUGAUAAAGAGGGCUUUCCUGGGGAGUGUCAGCAAUCACUGUGCACAGAAUGUCAAGUGCCCUGUCUUGAUAGUGAAGAAGCCUAAAUCACCUUCUGAUGCAAGCAAUUAGCAAUUUAGCAUAACUCUGAUGGUUCCAUUUUUCUUCCCCUCAAAUGUUUGUAUUUUUUUUUAAAAAAUCAUGGCAUGAUGUGCCAGGCCAUAUCUUGUUACGAAUUCUCCUGCUUCUUAUUGAUGACUUUAAAUGUAGACUAGAUCUCUAAAACUUGGACGGACUGUCACAUAUCUAAUCUACAGCUCAACUUUAAAUGUUC